GUCGCCACUGUCGUCGUCGUCGCCGUCGUCGUCGUGGUGCUUUUACGUUUUCGUAAGCGGCCGCGUCUGUGCGCGCGUGCCUUUCUCUGUGUCUGUGUGUUGUGUGGAUAUAUGUGUGUGCAGUCAAAGUCAGUGUAUUAGUGUAUCUGUGAGUGAAACCCACACACGUAUACCUAUACACUUACGGGGCACGCAUACCUAGACAUUAUUCACUUGGUGGACGAUUCACAUAUAGCUAAAGCAAGAGAGUCACCCUACCACGCUCGGCGGCACACAGGGACACGCACGCACUCACACGCUCUCCUCGAAUCCGGACGGGACUUUAGCACACCAACACCUCUGCGGGAGGUGUGGGGGUGAGCCCCCAGAGGAGGUGUCAAUCCUAGCGCUGCUCAGUGACCAUCGCGGCGCCACCCAAGUAACACCUUUCGUCCGCUCUCUCUCUGCAACCGAGCACACCGGCAGAUCUAGUCGACGUUUUCAACUCGAGUCCAACAAGGGAAAAAUCAGACGCUCCAUUAUUACAUUUUUUUUUCUUCUUUUUUUUGCCUUUUCCCAAUAAUUCUGUCUGAUCAACCGAACGUCGUCAUUGAGCAUCACGUGAAAUCAUCAAUAAUUAUCAAUCGAAUAUUGAACUAAACUUUUGCUCUCUCCUUUCUAAUAUAUUAUUCUCUCUGCCAAGAAGAGACUCUCCUCAAACGAAGACAUUGGACUGGAUAGACGGGAGAGAGAGAGAUAUAUAUAUAUAUAUAUUUAUUCUGCUGCUCAAUAUUAUUAUUGUUAUUCGGUAAUACCUUGGCAAGAAGAAAAUGAAUACGUUUUAAUUGAUCUGGUGUUUUCCUAUUAUCGUGUUUACGUUAAUAUUUAUAACGACGACGCGUCGUUUCUCGUGUGAUCCCGGCCCGUCGGACAGUGUGCCUUCUGUCUCGCGCGGCUACGUUCUCGUGCUUCUUCAUCCUCGUCUCAUUUCCAUACCUUUCUCCUCUCUCUCUCUCUCUCCCUCUCUCUCUUUUUCUCUCAAACAAUCUCUCUCUCCCACUCAUUCACUCACUUACACUUUAACAUUCAUACAUGCUCUAUAUUAUCUGUCUGUCCAAUUGUCCUUUUGUGUAAAUCGUGAAGCAAACGAGUGUUCUGGCAAACAGUGGGGAAAAAAAAGAGUCAUUCUGGUGAAUCGAAUAAUAGUGAACGAUUAUCUACCGAAGGAUGGGAACAACUGUAGGUGCGAUUAAGUCAAUCCGAUAAAAGUGAGAGUGCUCUGAUUAAUUAGAAAAAUAUCGUUGAUCGAGAUCGUUUCACUUAAUCGUGAUAGUGAAAAUAGAAGAGGUAUCUGUCAAGAAAAGUGAAUGAAUAAUAAGAUGAAGAAGGGAAGGAUCGAUGGGUCGUUGAAGGCGAGGGUGAAUCAUCUCUUCGGCAGGAAAAGGCGUGAACGUUCGAAGGAUCAGAAUCCUGAACGUUCCUGAACGAGAAAGCAAGAAAUAUGUUGGCGUGGUGAUCGAAUAAGUGCCUCACGUGCUUUCCCAAAAAAGAGACUUUAAGAUAUAUAUAUAUAGAGAGAGAGAGAGAGAGAGAAAGAGAGAGAGAGAGGAGCCAAAAAGGCAAAGAACAAAGUGGUUGAUAGAGGGAAGGAAGAAUAAAUAAGAAAGAAGCGGAAUAAAAAAGAAUAAGAGUUAGAGUCACUCGAAGAGGAAUCUCGCGCGACUCGGCACACUCGCCCGUCUCGAUGAGAUUCGAACAGGAGACAGCGUGCAGGGGUACCCACUGCGCCAGCACUCCGCAACCCUCCGCGCUGCAACAGCGAACACGGCCUGAGGAGUUGGUGGUGGAGGAGGAGGAGGACUGUUCCUCCUUGAAGGACGACAUUGUCGUAGGUCAACGGUUAAGACGCAGAGAAUUGGAGGCUAACGUGGUCGAGGGUGCGAAGACGGGGCCGAGGGCCGAGGCGGGGGGGCCUGGGAUGGCGUACCCCGCGUCAGCGACGGCUCUGAAUCAGCACUCGCCGUUCGCAAGCUCGUUGACGAGCUCGCUCGCGAGCUCCCUCGGUGGAGGACCACUCGGUGCUCCCGGCACCGGAGGAACCGCUGGUCCUCUCUCAGCUGGUGCACUAACCUCCAAUAAUCCCAACGGGCACAUUUCCACGGCCGGGGGACAACAUUUGCCAGCACCGGCCGCCCCAAGACCAACGGAUUUUAGUGUUUCCUCGUUGUUAACUGCUGCCAACACUCAUCCACCCAUCCUAGGUGGUUCCUCCUCUCAAGGUAGCGCAUCGCCACCACCUGGAGGACCUGGCAGUCCGGCAGCGGCACCCGAAACUCCGCCACCCUUACCGACCCAAAGGGAAUUGUCUCAUCCUUCCUCGGCUGUUGCCGCUGCCAGCUAUUUCAGUGCUGCUGCACUGGCAGCCGCUAGUUUUUAUAAUCCGGCGGCUCAUCUGCCACCAACCAGCUCGCCAGGGCCGACGGCUCAUCAUCUGCAAGGCAAAGCUAUACUCACCAGUCCCCAUCAUCAUCCGCAUCUUAACCCUCACGGCAUCACGCCACCAGGUUUAGGAUUGGGUCCGCAUACUCCUGAAGAAGCAGCAGUCCUGGCGGCGGCAGCAGCUGCAUUACAUCAUCAUCACCAAGGUGGUCCUGGAGGUCCAACGAUGAGGCCUCUAAGGCCACCUUUGCCACCAGGGAUGCUGCAUACUUCGCCGCAUCCCUUGGCACCGCACCACCCCCUGGCCGCUCCUCAUCAUCCUCUGGUACCACCUCAUCAUCCAGAGGAAGAUGGGGUCGUCGAUGAUCCUAAAGUCACGCUAGAGGGCAAAGAUCUUUGGGAAAAGUUUCACAAACUUGGCACAGAAAUGGUCAUCACCAAAAGUGGCCGACGCAUGUUUCCCGCGUAUAAAGUGAGGGUGUCCGGGUUAGACAGGCAAGCUAGCUACAUACUGCUAAUGGACAUCGUGGCAUCGGACGAGUGCCGAUAUAAGUUUCAUAACAGCAGGUGGAUGGUAGCCGGUAAGGCUGAUCCAGAAAUGCCGAAGAGAAUGUACAUUCAUCCGGAUUCACCCAGCAGCGGGGAACAAUGGAUGCAGAAAGUCGUGAGCUUCCAUAAACUCAAGCUCACGAACAACAUCAGCGACAAGCACGGCUUUGUAAGUACUACGAUAUUGAAUUCUAUGCACAAAUACCAACCGAGGUUUCAUCUAGUACGAGCCAAUGACAUCUUGAAGCUUCCCUACUCGACGUUCAGGAGUUAUGUUUUCAAGGAGACAGAAUUCAUUGCCGUGACGGCAUAUCAAAACGAAAAGAUAACUCAACUGAAGAUCGAUAACAAUCCGUUUGCGAAAGGAUUCCGAGACACUGGUGCGGGGAAACGAGAAAAAAAAAGGCAGGCGCUGUUGACGGUAUCGGGAGGCGGUUCUCGUUUGACGUCGGGUGGUCCAGCAUCUCCAGAGAAACGGCGUUCGUCCAACUCGGCGAACGAUUUGUUGGAUGACGAGGAUAAAUUAUUGGACGUGGUAGGUCCGGAGACGCCGCAUCCGGCUCAUCAUCAUAGAGAACGCGAACAAUCUCGGGAAAGGGACGAUAGAACGAGCGAGAGAGGAGAAGGUAGCGAAUCGUCGGGUUCCGAGAGCGGCGGAGUUUCGGGAGGAGCUGCAGGAUCGGAAGGGCCGCGCCCGGACGUGUCGGUGGGCCCACCUUUGCACCCGCCAUUACUACCGUACCUCUAUCCACCUGUGCCAGGAUUAUAUCCAGGUCCUGGUCCGUUAAUACCGCCUAGUCCAUUGGGUCUACACGGUGGAGUUACCCCAAGUAUGUUGUUCAACGCUCAGCUGGCUUUGGCAGCUUCGCAGCAUCCAGCCCUAUUUGCUCAUUACCCGCAUCCCUUGGCCAGUCCGUUACAUCAAUUGAAAGGACAUAGAUUUGCACCGUAUACAUUACCAGCGCCAUCCCAUGGCUCGGCAUUCGAAACUGUUACACCCGGGAGUAGGAAUCUCAGCCCAAGAUCCCCACCACCGAGGCCAUCUACGGGUUCUCCAACGCCUACCGGUGGUCCGGCUACGGUAUCGGCAAAUACCGGCGGCCCAACCUUAGGUUCCACAACUUCGGGAUCCGCCACCGAAUUAAAAUCUAUCGAGAACAUGGUUAACGGUCUACAAGACAAAAGGAGAAGAAGUCCGAGCUUAACGCCCGGGCACCGUGGCGACGGGGAAACCGGCGGCGGAGGGAGUCCGUGACAGGAGAACGAGCCCGUAACCAGCACAAACGACGAUCCGGAGGAUCCCGAUUUGGAUCCUGAUCUGGAUCCCGACGAUGAUGGCUCCCUCGAUCUCGACGAUCCGUCCGCCGACGAGAGGGAACCUGACUCGACCUCGGAACCCUCGUAGCGAGAGGAACCUUCGUCUCUCCGAUAUUCGAAAGAUGCUCGAACUCUUAAUCGUUCUUCUCUCGAUAAUUUACUCUCACCAAAUCGUUAUUGUUGUCUCGUUCUUAUCCUCAUCCGUCAUCCGUGUGAAGUUGCUUACGCAAGUGGACGUAUUUUAAUUAAAGCAACAGCAACAACAACAAAAAUGAUCUAUCAAAACUAUUAAAGUGCAAUUUUCUUUCUCUAAUAGGGUGAUUGAGGAUAAGAGAGGAUGAGAAUCUAAAAGAGAAAGAGAGAUAGAGAGAGAAAGCGUCCUCUUCAUCGUUUAUCCU